AUGCCUGAAUACGAGCUCAGUUUCUCUCCUUCAUCUUCCAACGAUGCAGGGUGCUACAGACUCAUAGAGCUUACGCCUGAUCUCACCAAAUUGCUGGAAGACGCAAUCGCUAAUGAGAAAGAAGUGAAUUUCUCGAUCAAGGGCCACUCGAACGAAGAUGCCUUUCUCUGCACAGCAGACAAGACCUUCGCGAUGCGCUCCGUUGGCCUAUCCAACACCUUGCUCGUCGUUACACCCGUGCCAGACGAGCACGCCGCGGACUUCGCAGAGGACGCGGUCGUCAUCCGCGACCAGCUAAACGAGAUCAUCGAGCUCGUCCCUGCUGUGCCGAAACUGCACAAGCUGUCGGUGCUGAUCAAGGACCGGGAGUAUGAUGAAGGGCAGGAGGACCUGGAGGACGAUGAGAAUAGGACGCGACUCACGUACGAAGAUGCCCUCCUGCAAAUACAGGCGAGCCCCGGUGAGCUCGAUGCAGGGCUCAGAGAACGGCGGAUACUCGUGAUCAACAAUGAACUGCGACCCAUGACCCCAAUUUAUCUCACUCACCUACUCGAGCUUAUCCUCAACCUGCUCGUCUCCCUCUCGAUGAAGCACACCGCGGCCCCAGUCGAGCGCCUGCUCUCUGCUCUUGCCGACGAGCAUGAGGUCUCUCGCGCGGUGUCAAUCCAGGUUAUGUAUUGGUUUGGCCAGAUUAAGGAAGGAAAGUGGGCGAUGGACGUUCCGGCGAUCGUGAAAGAGUUGGGGUUGGGUAUCUUGAGGAAUCAUAGGCAUGAACCUAUCGAGAAGGAUGAGUUGUUGGCAAAGUGGAAAUCUCAAGUUGGAGACACCUUCGAAGAAACUGUUUCUUUGGAUCUUCUUUCCGGAAACUACAUAGAGGCAGAAUCUCUGGGUAGCGACGAAGUUGUCCUGAAAUAUUUCCCUUCAUCUGCUCUUCCCGUUGACCCUGCUGCCCGGUUUGCCGAUCUCUUCUUGACACGGACGAAGUGGAAAGGCGAAGAAAUCACCCCAUUCCUGUCCGACAUUGCUGUGAAUUCCAAGGAGCGCGACAAGCUUCUGCUUAAAUAUUGCAGAACGGUGACAGACGCGCAGGGGAUACGAUAUACUGCCAGAGCACAGUACAACGGUUGA